GCUCCGCUCCUCGCUCUGACCCGAGUGAAUUGUAUUCUUGUUCCUCGAGCCAUUGCCCCUUGUUGCCGUCCUCUUGGACCUCUGCCCUUUGUUCCUCUCUGCUUGUCUCCUUCUCUUCCCUGCCCUGCCCUGCCGUGUCCUCCCGCUCCUCUCCGUCUGCUUGGCCUGCUCCACACCCGUCUAUUUAAGCCUGCUGCCUCGGUUUGUUAAUUGGAUUUCUCCUUUGCGCCACGCAGCACGCAGCCUUCCGCAGCGAGCCAAAACCUCUGAGCCACGGCCACCGUAUAAAUCGUCCGUCGUCCACCACGCGACGGCCGGCAUCGGAGAGAUAGAUAGAUAGAUAGAUAGACACGGAAACGAAGCGACUUUGCUACUAGCUUCGUGAACCGAGCGGCAUCGCCGAGCAGAGCGGGCGGCAGCGCUGGCCAGGCUGAUGGUCCACCAGGACGAAGGCUCCUCCUCGUCGGUCACGUCCUCCCCGCUGCAGAACUUCUCAAACAUGCCGCUCCACCCGCACCCGGGAGCCGGCGCCGCGGGCGCCGGCGCCACGCCGCCCUGGAUGCUCCGGGAGCUCCGCUCCGACGAGCGCGGCCUCUGCCUCAUCCACCUCCUGCUCAACUGCGCCGCCGCGGCGUCGUCCGGCCGGCUCGACGCCGCCAACGCCGCGCUCGAGCACAUCGCCACGCUCGCCGCGCCCGACGGCGACGCCAUGCAGCGCGUGGCGGCCGCCUUCGCGGAGGCGCUGGCCCGGCGCGCGCUCCGUGCGUGGCCCGGGCUGUGCCGGGCGCUGCUCCUGCCCCGCGCGGGCCCCACGCCGGCCGAGGUCGCCGUCGCGCGCAGGCACUUCUUCGACCUCUGCCCCUUCCUCCGCCUCGCCGGCGCAGCGGCCAACCAGGCGAUCCUCGAGGCCAUGGAGUCGGAGAAGAUCGUGCACGUCAUCGACCUCGGCGGCGCCGACGCCACGCAGUGGCUCGAGCUGCUCCACCUCCUCGCCGCGCGUCCCGAGGGCCCGCCGCACUUCCGCCUCACCGCCGUGCACGAGCACAAGGACCUGCUCUCGAAGACGGCCAUGGCGCUCACCAAGGAGGCGGAGCGGCUGGACGUGCCGUUCCAGUUCAACCCCGUGGUGUCCCGCCUGGACGCGCUGGACGUGGAGUCCCUCCGCGUGAAGACCGGCGAGGCGCUGGCCAUCAGCUCCAGCCUGCAGCUCCACCGCCUGCUCGCCACCGACGACGACACCCCCACCGCCCCGACCGCCGACAAGGAGCGGCGCAGGAAGAGCAGCCCGGACUCCUCCGGGCUGCUGUCCCCGUCCACCUCGCGGGCGGACGCGUUCCUGGGCGCGCUGUGGGGGCUGUCGCCCAAGGUGAUGGUGGUGGCGGAGCAGGAGGCGAGCCACAACACGCCGGGGCUGACGGAGCGGUUCGUGGAGGCGCUCAACUACUACGCGGCGCUGUUCGACUGCCUGGAGGUGGGCGCGGCGCGCGGGUCGGUGGAGCGCGCGCGCGUCGAGCGGUGGCUCCUGGGCGAGGAGAUCAAGAACAUCGUGGCCUGCGACGGCGCGGAGCGCCGCGAGCGGCACGAGCGGCUGGACCGGUGGGCGGCGCGCAUGGAGGGCGCCGGCUUCGGCCGCGUGCCCCUCAGCUACUACGCGCUGCUGCAGGCCCGGCGGGCGGCGCAGGGGCUGGGGUGCGACGGCUUCAAGGUACGCGAGGAGAAGGGCACCUUCUUCCUGUGCUGGCAGGAGCGCGCCCUCUUCUCCGUCUCCGCCUGGCGCGGCCGCCGCUUCGACUGACCGCCGGCCCUGUCGAUGUCACCACUACUAGUACCACCACCACCCAUGGACAUUAGCUAGCUAGCUAGGCGUUUCAUCUUCAUCAUCACAUCUAAAAUUCCAUUUCUUCUUCGGAUUGUUUUGUUUAGUUUGUUGUAGACUGAACUUGGGGCAUGCAUAUGCAUGCGCUGCUUGUUUUGGACCAAACUUGCUGCAUGCGUACGCAUGCUCCGUGUGUCUGUCCAUACUGCUCGUGUGUGUGUGUGUGUGUGUGUCCCUUCCCCUGUUGGUUCGGAUCAGUGCACAGAUUUCAGCAGGAAUGAUGAAGUGGUCGAUCCAUGCGGAUUGGAUCGUCUGGUGGUUUAUCUAUC